AUGGCAUCGCUGCCGCAAGAUUGCAACCCGGCGGCAUGGGCUGAACACGACGGGCGAGCUUCGCCGUCUCGAGGUCUCAACACGGGAAACCUGGCCGAGGAAAACGUCAUUGACGAUGAGGAAGAAGGUGACUUUGGCGAUGAAGAGACGGGACGACUGCUCAUUUCUGGAGGCGAUCGGAGGAGAUCAUCGGUCGGGCACCGUAUUGCGGCCAUGGCCGAUCUCGGCGGUGUCAACAGCUUUCGAUCCUUUGCACGCAGCUGGCAGCGUGCUGCCGAGUUUGCCGAAGUGAUUCCCCGACGGCCGAGCAUCGUGUACAAUGAAACCACCGAGCGAGACGACGCGGACGAGGAGGCAAUAUACUAUGGCCGCAGCCCCGUCGAGGCGACGCCCACCGUCCGCUCGGGUUUGCUCUCCCAGCAUCUCGAGGGAACAGCGCCGACAGGGAUACCGGGUGCUAGUCAUGGGCUCGAUGGUCAUGAUGGACCCGUGCAGGAAGACUUCCGCACCCGCGAGGGGAAGCACCUGGAUGCCGAAAUGGCUGCUGGCGCGCUCCCAGCCGGUUCGUCGUCCAGCCGGUCGAGCAUCUUUGCGGCGCCGCAUCUCUCCUCGCCGUCCGUCAUUGGAAGCUACAGCUCCUACCGCGGGUCCCAGUACGGCACCAUGAGCUCGGGCGUCUUGCGGCCGCGUGCCUCCAUCAUCCCUCGGCGACGGUCGAGCGCUGCUGCCUCGGGCGUCCACGAGGAUCCCGCGUUUGGCGAGGAGAACCCGAUCCUGGUCAAGGAGGUCAAGCAGGGCGACAAGGUCGUGCUCACCGUCGACGGCCAAAGCACGCUGCCGCAGUCGACGUUCAAUGCCAUCAACGCCAUCAUCGGCGUUGGCAUGCUCAGCCUGCCGCUGGCGUUUCGCAUGAGCGGCUGGGUGCUGGGCAUCGGCAUCCUCACCCUCACGGCGGCCGUGACGUCGCACACGGCCAACCUGCUGGCGCGGUGCAUGCGUCGCGACGUGACCCUGAUUACCUACUCGGACCUGGCGUACGUGUCGUUUGGCCCGCGCGCCCGCGUCGUGGUUUCCGCGCUGUUCACGCUCGAGCUGCUGGCUGCGUGCGUGGCGCUGGUCAUUUUGUUUGCAGACUCGCUGGACCUGCUGUUUCCGGACUUUGGCGACGCGACAACGUGGAAGUGCGUCUGCGCAGCCCUGGUCCUGGGCUUGAAUAUGUUGCCGCUGCGGUGGCUGAGCUAUACCAGCGUCGUGGGCAUCUUUUCUACAUUCUGCAUUGUUUGUAUAGUCAUCAUUGAUGGCCUGGUGAAGAAGGAAACGCCAGGUUCGCUCUGGGAGCCUGCAGUCACCCACCUGUGGCCAUCCAACUGGCUGGCUUUGCCAUUGGCGUAUGGGCUAAUGGCCAGUCCUUGGGGUGCCCAUUCCGUCUUUCCUUCGAUUUAUCGAGACAUGCGACACCCUCAUAAAUGGCACAAGGCUGUCCGGGUCACCUUUUCAUUCUCCUACGUUUUGGAUACCUGUCUUGCCGUCAUUGGCAUCCUCAUGUUUGGCGACGGCAUCAAGAACGCCAUCACCUCCAACAUUCUCCGGACCAAGGGUUACCCGCCGGGCCUUACCGUUGUCAUGUGCGUCUGCGUCGCCGUCAUCCCCCUCACCAAGAUUCCGCUCAGCGCGCGACCGCUCGUCACCACGGCCGACGUCAUUUUCGGUCUCCAUUUCGAGCAGCCACAUGCCGAGGGCGGCGGCGACGUCGGCCGCCCCUGGGUGCGGGACGUCCAGCGUGCCAGCGUGCGCGUCGGCGUCGUGCUCGUCCUCCUCGCCAUCUCCAUUGUCUUUCCCUCCUUUGAUUCGGUCUGUGCAUUUCUCGGAGCCGCCCUGUGCACGCUCAUCUCCGUCAUCUUUCCGAUUGCAUUUUACCUGAAGCUGUUUUGGGAUGAUAUCCCACGGCUGGAGCGUGUUAUUUCAUGGGUUAUUAUUGUUGUUUUUGCCAUCCUGGGCAUGUUCGGGACUGCCUGCACGUUUCUGCCCAAGAGCAUGGUUAACGCCUAG